CGCCAUCUUGUGCGGGCCUGGGCAGCGCCGGGCCGGGCCCCCCCGCACCGCGACCCCCAACGGCCGCCGCGACCCCCCCCCCGCGACCGGGCCCCCCCCGGGGCCGCCCCGCGAUGGGACCCGCAGCGCUGCCCGGCUGCGGGGGAGACGGGCCGGGGGGAGAGGCGGCUGUGAGCCGUGGGCUGACGAUGUCUCACGAGAAGAGCUUCCUGGUGGGGGGCGAGGGGUUCCCGGGGCCGCAGCCCGCGCCCCCCCCCGCCUACCCGCAGCCCCCGUACCCCGCGGGGCCGUACCCGCCGGCGCCGUUCGCGCCCGGGCCCUACGCGCAGCCCGGCUUCCCGCAGGCCCCGGGACCCUACCCCCCGCCGGGGGGGCCCUACGCGGCGCCGGGGGGGCCGUACCCCGCGCCCGGGCCCUACCCCCCCGGGCCCUACCCGCCGCCGGGGCCGUACCCGCAGGGGCCCUACGCGCAGCCGCCCUACGCGCAGCCGCAGCCCAUGGUGCCCGGGGACCAGGACUCGCCCCUGCACAGCACCUACCACGAGGACGGGCCCCCCUCCUACUAUGACAACCAGGACUUCCCCUCGGCGCACUGGGACGACAAGAGCGUCCGCCAGGCCUUCAUCCGCAAGGUGUUCCUGGUGCUCACGGUGCAGCUGAGCGUCACCUUCGCCUUCGUGGCCGCCUUCACCUUCCUCGGAGGAGUGAAGGGCUUCGUGCAGCGCAACGUGUGGACCUACUACGUGUCCUACGCCGUGUUCUUCAUCUCCCUCAUCGUGCUGAGCUGCUGCGGCGACUUCCGGCGCAAGCACCCCUGGAACCUGGUGGCCCUGUCCAUCCUGACGCUCAGCCUGUCCUACAUGGUGGGCAUGAUCGCCAGCUUCUACAACACGGACGCCGUCAUCAUGGCCGUGGGCAUCACCGUCGUCGUCUGCUUCACCGUCGUCAUCUUCUCCCUGCAGACCAAGUACGACUUCACCUCGUGCCGGGGUGUCCUCAUCAUCUGCCUGGUGGUGCUGAUCCUCUUCUCCAUCCUCCUCAUCUUCAUCCGGAACCGCGUCCUGGACAUCAUCUACGCCUCGCUGGGCGCCCUGCUCUUCACCUGCUUCCUGGCUGUGGACACGCAGCUGAUCCUGGGGAACAAGCAGCUGGCGCUCAGCCCCGAGGAGUACGUGUUCGCGGCGCUCAACCUCUACACAGACAUCAUCAACAUCUUCCUCUACAUCCUCGCCAUCAUCGGCAGAGCCAAGGAGUAACGUGACCCCCCCGGCCCCCCCCAGCCGCGGCACCCCCCGGUCACCCCCCCGUCACCGGUGUCACUCAGUGUCCCCAGCGCGUCCCUUUGUCCCUUAAAGCGUUUCUUUCCCCGCACAGCGGCGGGGGGGGGAACACGGGGGGGUCCCCAAGGUGACACGUCACCCCCCCCCAGCACUCGCCGCCUGCCCCCCCCGCUGUGAACCGGCCUUUCCCCCCCCCCCGCCCCUUCCCCCUUAUUGCGUUCAAUGUGGACUGGAAGCACUUUGCCCCCCCCCGCCAGCAGUGGAGCUCGGCCCCUCCGUCCUGCCCCCCCCGGCUGCCCCCUGCCCGGCCCUGCCCUCACCACCCCUCCCCGUGCAGGCAGGGGCAGCGCUGGCAGCCCCCAGGCUGCAGGCAGGGCUGAGGCCUCCUGAGAGCACCCUGCAGGGGCUCAGCCCUGUCCCUGCCCGUCCCUGCCCGGUCGGGGGGGUCCCAGCCCCAGCCCCCCCGCGCGGCUCCUGCUGUGAAUAAUAAACCCCGUUAGUUCAUCUC